GGCUAUUUCACUACAUACGUUACUUUUUGUGUCUUCGCAUGCGAAUGGCCCUGAAUUAGUUGUCGGAGUACCAUUUAAGAAGGUUGUACUCAAUGAAUUCAUCUACAGAACACUUGUGUGAUCCAGCUGCAGAAGAAGAAUUUCAAGUUCUCUCUGCAAUCUAUACUGAUGAGCUUUUUAUUCUUGAACCGGAAAACAAAAUCUAUGAAAUUUGGAUUCGUCCAGACGCUGAGCAUAUUUCAAAAGAGAAAAAAAUUAUCCUAAAAUUUCAGUAUGUUGAUGGAUAUCCUUCAUGCAAUCCAUUAAAAUAUGAAUUACAUGCACCAUGGCUUAAAUAUGAUAUUCUUAAUGAUUUGGAGAAACAGUUGGAUAAAAUCACCGCAUCUUCUCUUGGUUCACCUGUUGUACACCUACUAGUUGAAUGUAUUCGAUCAUUUAUGUUGACAAAUUUACCUUCAUGUAAUGAAAAAUCAACUGAUUGUGAAGUUAAAGCAGCAGCGGCACCACCACCACCGAAAUCAUCACAGUCUGUUUCAGAGUCAAAUAGUCAUCAAUUGAGUACAGUUGUAUCAGUGCCUUCAGUUAAAUCGCAUCUUGAUAUAUCACCUCAAAUUUUACCAUUUGCUUCAAAUUCUAAAGUACCAAAAAUUUAUCAUGGUGAACCAUUUGUAGAUCGUAAAAGUAUUUUUCAGGCUCAUUGUGCUUAUGUUUCAACGCUUGGUGAGGUCUCUCUUUUUAUAUCCACCCUGGUUAUGGAUAAAAAGAUAGCUACAGCUACGCAUAAUAUAUUAGCUUGGCGUAUUUCAUCAAAAGAAGCUGAUUGUGAUGAUGAUGGAGAAACGCAUGCAGGCAGUCGACUGUUACAUUUGCUUACAUUGUCAGGUGUGGAAAAUGUUGCCGUUAUGGUAAGUCGUUGGUUUGGCGGUAUUCAACUCGGUCCUGAUCGAUUUAAGCAUAUAAAUAAUGUUGCUCGUCUCUUGUUAACUGAACACAAAUUCAUCGGGAUGAAUUCCAGUAAAAGUCCUAGUGAUGAACACCAGCAACAGAAUAAAGAGAAACAUGUUAAAAAGAAACAGAAAAAGAAAUAACAAUGUACUUUUUGUGGUUUUACCUCUAUGUGUUAUUGCUUUUGGUCAUUCAUUCUGUAAGCAUAUUUCUACUUUGUACACACACGUAUUUUGAAAUCAAAGAAAAGAAUAAGUCUGAA